AUGCAGCAGGAGAAUCCGGCCAGCACCGAAGAGAGCGGCGCUGGAGAAAGAGAUGUGCAGUACAUAGUGAUCCCUAUAAUGGCGGAGAGGACCAAUAAUAAUUCUAAAGAGCACACAAGCAAAAUGGAAAGAAAGCUUGCAGCACGGCAGGAACAAAGGCAGGAAAUAACAGAGGAUAAACAUAGGUUGCUUAUAACACCAGACUUCAAAGUGUUUUCCUAUAAUAAGAGUCAAGAACUGUAUUCCUAUGACCCACAUAUUGCUACCAUGUGCUAUUAUCAAGGAUAUGUAGAAGAUCAUCCACACUCGGCAGUAGCCAUCAACAUAUGUGCUGGACUUAGGGGUACCAUGUACUCAAAUGAGUUUAUGUACAUAAUUGAGCCAGAUGGACCCCUGCUGGACUUCAGGCACAUCGUCUACAAUAUAGAAGCUUAUGAAACUGAUCUGAAAUGUGGCCUACACAUAUCCGGCCUGGAGACUGUGGGAGCCAACAGCGGUCAUGCACAGGAAACACAUGAACGGGGAACAGCAUACUUGGAGUUAUUUAUGGUGGUUUCUCAUUUACAGUUCCAAUUCCAUGAUGAAAAUGCCACAUCUCUCGUGGAGGCCAUGCUUGAACUUAUUAACCAUGUCAAUACUGUCUUCAAGGCUUUGAACACACAGAUAGUCUUGGUGGGUCUAGAAAUCUGGUCCAACAGGAACCUCAUUAACACAGAAAGAGAACUGGCUGAUCAGAUCCUCUCAGAUUUCAUAGAGUGGAAAAAGAAGUCCUUAGAUGAUCGGAUAACUUACGAUGCUGUAGGAUUGUGUUUGAGAGAGAACAAAAUGUCGUCAUCUGGACUGGCACGAUGGGGUGGGGCCUGUGAUCCUGAAAACUCGGCGUUCAUUUCUGUGAUGGAUCUUGAUAAGCUGCUGGCAAGCGCUGCCACCUUCAUACAUGACUUGGGUCAUCUUCUAGGAAUGAAGCAUGAUGCCCUGGGAUGCAGCUGUCAGUCUGGUAAACUAGCUUGUGCUAUGGCUGGAGAAGGCUUGUUGUCAUUUAGUUUUAGUGACUGCAGCGUGAGAGAUAUGGAGAAGUUCUAUGCAAGUGACAACGCUUCCUGCCUGUGGAAUGCUCCAGCCUCUGACUUAUCCUCAGUGAAGAAUCAGUGUGGGGACAAUAGAUUAGACUCUGGGGAAGAGUGCGACUGUGGCUCUGUAGAGGAAUGUCAAAAAAAUGUAUGCUGUAACCCAGUAACUUGUACAUUGAAGGAGAAUGCCACAUGUUCAUCAGGGCCAUGCUGCCGCAAGUGUAAGUUUGUGGCUGCAGGGACUGUAUGCAGAUUGCCCAGCACAGAGUGUGACCUUGCAGAGUAUUGCGAUGGUAAAUCCAGCUCUUGCCCUACAGAUGUAUAUCACCAGGAUGGCUCUCCUUGUAAUGAUGGACAGUCUGUCUGCUACAAGAAAAACUGCUAUGAUUACAAUAAACACUGCCAAAGGUUAUUUGGGAAAGGUGCCGCAGCGGCUCCUCUUUCCUGUUUCCAGACUGUGAACACUGCUGGUGACCGGUUUGGAAACUGUGGGGCAGACAGUGAGCUGCUUGAGUGCGACAUUCAGGAUGUUAUGUGCGGACAGCUUCAGUGCUGCAAUGUGAGCAAUAACCUCCAUCAUCACAAACCAACCUCCUAUAUUACAACUCCUGUAGGAGACGUGCUGUGUUGGGGUCUUGAUUUCAACUCUCAUGCAGGAUCCUAUGAUCGGGGCGCUGUUCCAGACGGGGCAUUAUGUGACAAAGGAAAGAUUUGCUUGGACAGAAAAUGUGUGGAUUUCUCAGUACUAGGAUAUGACUGUGAUACAAAGAGAAAGUGUGCCGGUAAAGGGGUGUGCAAUAAUAGGAAGAACUGCCACUGUGAUGUGGAAUGGGCCCCACCGCACUGCAACAGGAGCGGCUCUGGAGGGAGUGUAGAUAGUGGACCACCGACCAAGGACUCCUUUGUCAGAUACAUAUCACCUAGACAAGCAACGUCUGGAGUUGAGCUGCAGGGAAUUUGA